AUGACAUAUUCUAUGCGUCCCGUUCAGCGGGAAGGGCGCAGGAUCGCCCGUUUUCUGCAACGGCGCGAUUCUAGCGCUAGCGCUUCCUUUACAUCUUCCACAUCUUCACCUACUAUCCCUGAAGGACCUGGGUUGGCACUUCCCCCAACAACGACGCCUGUAGCCACUUCAAAUAGUUUCCCUGCUUCAAAUCAAACCCUUGUCAUCGCACUUUCAAUCCUUGGGUUUAUCGUUCUCGGCAUUGCGUUCUGGUACAUACGAGUGCAGAGAAGGAAAUCCAUCAAGGGCGUCGUCAACGUCGCCGAUAGGGGAGAUGUAGAACGACAGAAAGAGAAAUGGCUCGCACCGUCUACAACUGUUCCCCUAGCUCUUGACACCAUCGUGGCACCAACUGGUGUUGGCUGGGCACCCCAGUUUCGCUCGAUUAGUGGUCCUGACUAUGUCAAAGAAGCUGCUAAAGAGUCCAAACCACCCCUUCCCAAGCGCUCGCGUUCUCCACCGCCAUCUCUCGUCUCUAAACCACUUGAGGAUCCCUUUGCUGAUCCCCGACCCAAGUCUGCUCCUCCAAAGUCACCCGUGACUCGUGAUGUGGAAGACCACAUUAGCAUUUCCUCUCCGUCAUCUCCUCAGCCCUACGCUCUUUCCGUGAGUGGGUAUCAGAUUAGAGGUCUCUGGACGAAAGAGAAGGGAACACGGGAUUCGGAAGUCUGA